AUGAGGAGAUGCUUAUCUUACGGGUUAUCUAGAGUGAGUGUUAUUGCUCGGGCGAGCUUUAGACUAGAUAGUGGGGCUGCUCGGGGCGAUGGUCUUCUAUUGGAGAAGGUCGUGCACGAGUCCGGAGGGAAACCGCUGGAGUUGGUAUACGUGCAAAGAGCUAGACGCUCGAGUGGCCUACUAGAGUUGAGACAUACGCGAGUCUAUAGAGGGGUUGUUGGGCUUGAGCUUGGGGUUAGGGGCCGUUGCUGUAAGGAAGGAGUCGUCAUUUACGGCUUAUAUGGAGAAAAUGAUGGGGGUUGUAAUGGCUUGUCAAAGGAGAGGGUCGUUAUGAAAGGAUUUCGGAUGCGGAAGAGUUGUAGUGAUGGUGAAAGGCUACCUCGUUUAGUCUUCCUUCUCCUCCAUCCGACGUGGUUACUUGUUCUUGGAUCCGGAUAUGCCAAACCUAUGGCCGAUGGGUCCAUACACCUUGCUCAACUUGUUCCACUUGACCAUGUGGAGGUUGAAGAUUGCUUAAGUGAUGAAGAUUCAACAUUUGAAGAUGCUAGCUUGGAAGGCUCGGAUCCGGAUGACAAUUAUGGCUCACACUCUAAAUUUUUCAAGGCUCAUUCUCUUACCCCUAAGGUCGUUGGGGUAAGGAAUCAGCCAAGUGUUGAGGAACAAGUCGGUGGGAAGAUGAUUUCAAGGUUGGGUAAGCUCCCACAAAGUCUACUUUCACAAUUGGCAACCGUUGGCACUUCUUAUCCACUCGCUGAGAGACAAUGA